ACGUUUCUCCAGUAACCUCCUGCCUACAUGCAUGUUUGUGGUGCUGAAUUUAAACAGACGGGAUUGUUUCGCGAGACGUAAAUUGUCAUUUUGUGGGAUCAGAAUGAAACAUUUUGAAUGGCUCGCUUCCACUUAAAAUUCAAGUACGAGGGACGUUAGUAUGCAGCACCGUCUGUGAAGUUCCGACAACCAACAAGGGAUAUGUAACCGAAAUAUGACAUGCUUUUUUUGUUGCAAAACCUGCCUUGUUUUAAAUGAUCUGCGUUGAUGAAUAUGAAUGCCGUAUCCUUAAAACAUUAAGGUAGGCUACAUGUUUAGACCAGAAUACGCUUUUUGAUAGGUCUUGUCCAUCAACAUGUGGCACUUUGAAGGUCCGUAGACAUUAUUAUGAUGAAUCAAGAAGCAACUACUGAAAGGAUAAUGUGUAAUAAUUCACACUAAUAUGAAAACACCUUAUUGUUAUAAUGGAUGAGAAAUCCAAUAAGCUGAUCUUAGUUCCUAUUUUAGCUGUUCUUUUUGUAAUGAUAGGCUAUCAAUAUAUCUGUCCAGCUGGCAGCAAUUCUUGCCACUUUAAUACUGGGGAUAAAUUGAGAGGGGCCAGUCUACUUUCUACCCAAUAUCGGACAAACGAAGACUUUUACACAGAACUGGAGGAUGACAGCCCUCCGAAAUUGCCAUCAAAAUUCAACUUUACUGAACGAGACCUUCAGCGGCACGUGGAUUUCAAUAUCAAAGGAGACGAUGUUAUAGUGUUUUUACACAUUCAAAAGACUGGUGGAACCACGUUUGGAAGGCACUUAGUUAGGAAUAUUCGUUUGGAGCAGCCAUGCGACUGUAAGUCAGGGCAGAAGAAAUGUACAUGCCACCGACCAGGCAAAGACGAGUCCUGGCUGUUCUCUCGGUUCUCUACGGGCUGGAGCUGUGGUUUGCAUGCCGACUGGACAGAGCUCACCAACUGUGUACCUGUCAUAAUGGACAAGAAGAAAGCUCAAAAGAACAAAAGGAACUUCUACUACAUAACCAUGCUGCGUGACCCCGUCUCCCGCUACCUGAGCGAAUGGAAGCACGUGCAGCGCGGCGCCACCUGGAAGACCUCCCUGCACAUGUGUGACGGGCGCUCGCCCACGCAGGACGAACUGCCCACCUGCUACAGUGGGGACGACUGGUUGGGCGUCACCCUGACCGAGUUCAUGGACUGCCCGUCUAACCUGGCCAACAACCGGCAGGUGCGCAUGCUGGCCGACCUCAGCCUGGUGGGCUGCUACAACCUGUUAUCCAUGAACGAGAGUGAGCGCAACCACAUCCUGCUGGGCAGCGCCAUGAACAAUCUGAAGAACAUGGCCUUCUACGGCCUGACCGAGUUCCAGCGCAAGACGCAGUACCUGUUUGAGCGGACGUUCAGCCUGCGCUUCAUCGCCGCCUUCACGCAGAUCAACAGCACACGCGCCGCCAACGUGGACCUGAGCGAGGCUGUGCGCCGCCGCAUCGAGGAGCUAAACUACCUGGACGUGCAGCUGUACGAGUACGCCAAGGACCUGUUCCUCCAGCGCUUCCAAUACACCCGCCAGCGGCAGCACCAGGAGGAGCGCUUGAAGAGGCGCGAGGAGCGCCGUUGGCUGCGGGAGCAGCGGGAGCAGAGCAGGGACUCUCUCCCCAAACGACAGGUGGGCGGGGGAGGGGGCGGAGACGAGCUUGUCACCACCACCGAAGACUACACCAGCCAGGUGGCUCGCUGGUGAGGUCCCACUCCUAACCACCCAGAGAUAGGCACAGAACAGUCAGUCUCACAUGGUACUCUCUCUCUGUCUCUCUCUGUCUCUCUCUGUCUCUCUCUGUCUCUCUCUCUCUCUCUCUCUCAGUCUCUCUCUGUCUCUGUCUCUCUCAUUCUCUCUCUCUCUCAUUCUCUGUCUCUCUCAUUCUCUCUCUCUCUCAUUCUCUCUCUCUCUCAUUCUUUCUCUCUCUCAUUCUCUCUCUCAUUCUCUCUCUCUCUCUCUCAUUCUCUCUCUCUGUUUCUGUCUACUAUCUAUAUAUCUCUCUUUCUCAGUUUCAGCUCUGCUAAAGUUUCUUGGUUUGUUUUUGUGCUCCUGCACUUUCCUGCCUAUCAGUCAUAGUUAGCUAUAAUCAUGCAGGUUGUGAUAACUCUUAAAGAGAACACAAUCAAAAGGCGCUGCUUAUAAUGACUUUUUUAAUUGCAAUUUAGUGAGAGUUUACAUGCACACUAAUAAUACGACCUUAAACAGAUUCUGGCAGGAAACUCUGCAAUAGUCAUCUAAACACCUUAUUCUGUGAUCAUUUUCGGCCCUCGUGCUCACGACGUCACACUCUGUGGUUUACCAUGGUGGUGGAGCCCACGCCAAAACCACUGUUGGAUCAGCUAAUCUGAUGUGUUGUUCUGUUAUGAGCAUUCCAACUAUCCAAUGACAAAAUUUCCAUUAAAAUAUUAAUUUACUUCUGAUUUGAUAGUUCUGUCUCGUCACUGAGCACAGUUUUGGUCCAUUAACCUUAACCUGUGAGUGGAAUUGUUUAUGUUGUUUACGUUAGUGUGUAUCCAGUUCGUUAAUUUACUGUAAUGUAAUAGUAAUCCAUGAUCCAAAUUAGGCCUACGCUUGGACUAAAAAGCCUGCUAAAUGAAUAAUUAAUAGUAAUAAUAUUGAAAGUGCUUUUUUGACCAAGAAUACGCAGCAUCUGGUUCCGGGAAAACUAGUCCUUUGCGUUUUAAGUAAUUGUUUGAGCUAAUAAAUUAUUAUAAUGGUGUGUGUGUAUAUACCUCCUUUGGUGUGUGUGUGUGUGUGUGUGUGUGUGUGUGUGUGUGUGUGUGUGUGUGUGUGUGUGUGUGUGUGUGUGUGUGUGUGUGUGUGUGUGUACGCUCAUGUAUGUGUGUGUUUUUGUCAUCAUUGUAUAUUGGUCACAAUGCCAUUGAGCCAACACACCCACUAUGUUAAUACAUUACCUCAUAAUUUUCAAAUCAACAUUAUGGAUACAAUACCAUGAGUGUUUUUUCACUUUUCUUUCAAAAGGAUGGAAUGUGCUGUGAAAAAAAUUGCUGUGACAAAAACAACAUCUUAUUUUCAUGUAGUUGUUAUCUGCUCAAACUUACAGAAGUGUGAUGUAUAUAUUGAUGCAAAGUCUGGAAAUUCUGAAAUUAAUAUUUCAAAUGCUAUGAUCUCUGUGUAAAUGAAGUGAUGAAAGUGGACCUAAAAAGGUCAUGUCACACUAGAUAUUGUACUGCCAUUCCCUAAUCCCUGUGAUAGGCCAUGUUGUGAUAGAGUGAUUUGAAUAAACUUCAACUGUCGUUCAACUUAAGUGCACAUCUUUGAAUAACAGAUAAUCUUACAUUUAUGUAUUGCAAAAGAGGUUUUGUCUUAAAGGGAAAGGGGUUAUAUAUCAUCACUCUGGGAAGUGGUGUUUAAGGUUAACUUUCUAAAUGUAUGAAUCUGUAUGUUCCUCGUCAAAUGAUUGUGUAUGAAAAGGGCGGUCUCGAUUCCAUUUGACGUGUCAUACUUUAUCAGCAAUUUUCUUGUCAGGUCUACAAAGCUGGGUGAAUACUACUUCAGAUAUUAGAAAUAAAUGCCUUGAUCAACCAUG